AUUUCCUUUUCAAGUUUUUGGUUAUUGGAAGUGCAGGCGCUGGAAAGUCUUGUUUACUUCACCAUUUUAUUGAAAAUAAAUUUAAAGCAGAUUCAAGUCACACAAUUGGUGUUGAGUUUGGGUCAAAAGUGGUGAAUGUUGGAGGUCGAUCAGUAAAGCUACAGAUAUGGGAUACUGCAGGUCAAGAGCGGUUCAGGUCUGUGACCAGAAGCUAUUAUAGAGGGGCUGCUGGUGCCUUAUUAGUGUAUGACAUGACCAGUCGAGAAACCUACAAUGCCUUGACAAAUUGGUUAACUGAUGCUAGAACGUUAGCCAGUCCUAACAUAAUGAUUCUUCUAGCUGGGAACAAAAAGGAUCUGGAAGAUGAUCGUGAAGUUAGUUUUCUUGAGGCCAGUCGGUUUGCUCAAGAAAAUGGUUUGUGUUUUAAAUGUUUUUUUUAA